CCAUAAUUUAGUAGUAGCGGGGUCUGGUGUUGUGUUGGCGUCAUGAACGAUGGAAGCGCGCUCCCGACACUUCAGGUGAAUGAGAGGGAAGAGAAGCGGGACACGGUUCACUGUAGUCGCAUUAAGUAGGGACAAUUGGCGAAAAAUGACUAGCAUUUCGUUGCUUGGGGCGCAUGUUUUCAUGACUGUUUAUCUGCUCUUCCUGAUGGGAUGCGUUGCACAGAAAGUAUACUUUGACUGUGGUGCCAAGGUGGAUGUGGUGGAUGCACAAGGACUGAUACUCUCUCCUGGCUUCCCUUACAACUACUCUUCUGGGACCCACUGUGUUUGGCAGUUCUUUGUACCUGUGGAUUAUCAACUUAUCCUUGAGAUAUUUGACUUUGAUGUGUUUGAAAGCCAUGAGUCUUCCGCGCAGUUCUCGGUGAUUUCCAGUUAUGAUGAGGAUGAUGGAGAAGACGAGUUGACUUACGCCCCCAACAGUUUUUCAGCGGAUGAGCCUUCAUCAGAAAAUAUUGAUCAGAUCGAUCAGAGGGAUGCCCCAAAGAUUCAGCGGUCCUCUCAAGACAGUGAGGUGGAGCCGGAGGUGGUACACCAACAGUCAGCAAAAGUCUCAAACUCAGCCAAAAGAUCCAUCGCUCGUUCCUCUGGCCGUACAUCGCCAUCGACCGCUUCUCUUCUCCUUCCUGGAGCCAUGUUAAAUUCAGAUAAAGCUCUCAACACGGCCUUCUCUUCCCAUCUUGGCAUCGACAUCAACUCUAGUUCCAUCCCAAGCGUGACUAUGGCAACCGCAGUUGCUUUGCCGCAAUCCGCUGAAACUGACUCUACACCUGUGAGCCCUGAAACGCAGCAGUCGGGGCUUGACGCCUGUCCCCAUGAUGUUCUCUAUAUCUCAGAUCUCAUCACCUUUUCCUCAAGGUUCUGUGGAUCAAACCGACCUCCGAGCAGCCAGUUGGUGUUUGGCUCUCGUCAGGAGAUGGUGGAGGUAAUCAUGGAGCUCAUCACGACCACGCAUUGGGGCCGGGGCUUUGCCCUUCUCUUCCACUACAACAAUCUGACCAAGUCAGGUGGCGAACGGAGAAGCUUUGUUUCUACGUCUGCCAAUGUAGACUCUGUACUGGCUGCUGUGAGUGGAGCUGCCUUCUUCGCUUUGAUACUCACCACUGUUCUCUGCGUCAUAUUCAGACCCAAACUGUGUCUGAAAAGAGAGAGCUCCUGCGCAUCCACCAGCCCUGAGGUGCCAGAGGCAGUUCAGAACAUGAGGGUGGAGGUAAGUGAGCUCCAACCGAUGGCUGAGAGUCAGACCAACCAGGAGGUUAUCAGGGAUCAGGAAAACAACAAGUACAGCCCACCGCACACAGUGAGUGCUGGUGGUGACACGUCCCAGAAUAUGGAAUUGGACCUUUCCUCCAAUGGUUUGGCAGAGCUUGAUUUUGGUCCAGAUGAGGUGUUCAUCAUAUCGUCAGCCCCGAGCCCAAAAAGGCCAUCCUUCUUGCAAGACAGCUAUCAAAGGGAGCGGUUCCUGAGGCACAGUGACACCGGUCCCGGUCCUGUUGGCGACUGGCUCCCGCCUGACGCUACCACCUCAACUUCUGGUCCCACCAUUGAUGGAAGUGGCAGCUGUGCCAGACCCAGAGCAUGGAGCGUACGCACCUUCCAGGAAUUCCUCCCUCCACUGCCGCAGCUCCAUAAGAAAUGGUGCAGCUGGAACUCGACCAGUCCCUUCACCAAGCUAAUAGACAGCGCACCUCCCGGUUUGGGAUCUGAUAACAGGAAGGUUUUCUCAGAUGUUCACCUGGCGGCCAAGACCGACACGAGCACCAUCUCCGACUCUUCCAUCAGUAAUGCUUCCUAUCCACUUGCUCAGGCCGCCCAGAGGCAGCGGCGUCUGAACUCGGCAAGCAACCUGCGGCGCUCCCGCUUCGCGGGGCCUUGCUUUGGUCUGCUCUCUGGGACGGCGGUGCCUACCAAGACCACCGGUCUCAAUCACACGCAGAGCUCCCAAGCAGAGCCCAACUCUGCUUCUUCUUCCGCUAUCCAGGCUGACAUUGAGAGUCACCAGGCAACAAAAAGAUGUGAUUUCCCAGGUGAGGGCGAUCACUUGAAUGUACCUGUGUUUGCUAUCUCUGAGGAAGAGGACCGGCAGCCUCUGGUCUCAGCUGAACACCUGGGCCAAACCACUGGGACCGUCAUCCAGAAUGGACUGGUUCGGGGAAUAUUUGACAGCAAAAGACCUGCCGGUAUGACUUCCAGCCUCAGCCCUCAGAAUCAAAAGGUCAGACUGGAGUGGCGGCCAUUCGGGAGCCAGGUGUCAGGCGGGGGUUGUCCAGUCCCUUCCAAUAAACCCGCCGCCAUCAAUGACUGCCAGUUGCCACACAGCCAGCCUCCAGUGUUGAGCAGUGUAACCAACCACAUGUGACCAGCAAGAUGCUUGCUGAAUAGACUGGUGGGCCAGUAAAGCAUUCCUGAACCAUCGUUAGUGCUCGUUGUUUUUUUAUGUAUAACCUACUUUAACGGGAGAAAUCAACUUUUGAAAAAUGAUUGCUACUUUCUGGAAUGUAUUAUUCUUCUGGUUGCUGCUCAAUAUAUGCUGAGGUCCUAAUUGCUGCGGUUGAAAAAAAAACUUUUAGGAGCACUUUUUUCAAAGUCAGAUUUGUGUAUUAGUUUGAUGCAUUUUGGUGAAUUAUUGUCCUCCAACCAUGACAUUUUGAUUACUCAUUCAAGUGUGUAUUAUGUGAAAAAAUUGUCAUAUCCUCUAGCCAUCACUCCCCUGCCCCCACACCAUACUGGGUUCCCCAAAGUAUAGGUCAUACAUUUAUUGCUUGCAAACAUACAGUGUAUUGUAUACUUUAACUGGAUUAUAAAAGGGAAAUGAAAACACUGUAAAAUAUAUACUAACAUAUAUCAGUAGAUGAAUUGAGAGAAAAACAAAAAGCAAUCACAAUAGUAUUUAUAAAAUGAGUUCAUAUGAAUUAAUGUGAAGUUUAAAUAAAGUUUGUCGUUCUUAUGUAGUGUACCUAAUGUGUGGCGAUAGUGUGUAUUGAAGACUUGUGAGAUCGCAGUCCAUCGUCUGCUCAUGUUUUGGAUGUGCUAAUUGCCACAUUCUGCAGGUGGCCUUCAACAAAACAAGAAUUUUAAUAAUGGGGAAUGAACAAAUGAAGAUAAUGAUUAAACAUGAAAUGACAUUACACUGGUAUUUGACACAAAUUU